AUUAAUCCUAUUAUCAUUCCUAUAAUCUCAUCUUAACAUAGCUACAUUUUAUACAUGCUACAAGCUGCAUUUUAUAAUAAAUUAUAUUAUUUAAAUGCAUCCUAAUUUUGUAUAAAAAUUUUAUUUUUUUAAUAAUAUGUGCUAUUUAUACAGAGAGAUUUGAUAGCCUACAUAAAAAUAAAAAUUCAUGAAUAUAUUAAAUAUCUAUAUAAAACAUCAUAUGCUGAAGGAACGAAUUUGAGAUGCGCCAUUGCUCCAUGACUAUAAGGUAUAAGGAAGGACGAAGAACGACCAUGGUGACUACAAACACGUGAAUGCGUUUGAGAAUCAUAUAAGAAGAUGAAGUAAUAUGUGACAUCGAGAGUCUUUAUUUUCGUUGUAGAAAUUAAUUUUUAUCGGAAUAAUGUGAGAUAUUUGGCUUCUGACUCAUGGGCGGGCCCGAUUCGUCCGCAAGACGGUUACUCGUGCUCGACAACGAGGGAUGAUAUAUAGAUUACAGUUAACGAGAUGCCUCUCUAAGACGCGUGCGCCUUGCGAAUAGUCACGAUCGCGUUUGUGCCGAGAGUGUGUUUGUCGAUGAAUACACGAGCAGAUCGCCGGCUGGCUGGUGCGGCACUCGGGCGUGGUUUUUCACGUCGUCGCGGUGUAUCUGUGUGUGCUCCUACCCGACCUGGAGACCAAAAGGAAUCCCUCAGGAUUUUUUUGGAGGCCCGAUCAACGGGGACCAGCCAGCUAGCGACUAUUGACAGGACUAAAAGUAUGUGCGGUAUCGCACGACAACGCCGGUUGCCAAUCGUAUAGUCACUGUGGGAUCCAUUUAAAUUAUUCGUCAGGACUGGCGUAGACAAUCCAACGAGAGAAAUAGAGAGAUCGUGAUCAUCGUAAAUUAAAUGACACGUCGCAUCGACGGAAAUCGCAUUAUGAUGCUCAUGAAAUUAGGAUCUUAACGAAAAUGUCUUUGAUAACCACCAAGAUUUUUCUCCAGAGACAUAAAAUGAAAUAUUAGAUGUUUUGAGCACAGGGAUCGAUGCCAUGCAGGUCCGUCUAGAUGGGAAGCUGGCGUUGCUGUAUACUCUAUUAAUCUUGCAGGUUUUAAUUGUUAUGAUCUAUGUCGCCACAACCCCGCCAGCUGAAUUAACUGUGUCAACAACUCGUGCACCUGUCAGUUUUGUCAAAUUUGAGACAUCGCAGGAACUGCAAAUAAAUCAAGGCAAUCGUAAAAAAUCAUCAAGUUAUCAGACAAUCAAUGGAGAAGUAGUACUGAAAGAUGUCAAAACUUUUAGACUGUUUGAAAUAUAUAAUCAUACUGUAUGUUGGAAAUUUGGAGUAGAUGAGCAUAAGAUGAGAAGCAAUGAGCAUCUAGAAAGAUGUAUUUGUAAUCAAGGAUGGCAUGGCUGGGACUGCGGACAGCCCGAAGUUGUAUGGAGGGCGAUCAUGGCGUCGAAGCAGAACAUUAGUCUGAAGCGUCGUAAAACUGCUAGACACAUUAUUCACACCUUUUUUCUGAGUGAAUACAAUUCAGGCAUCGCCGAAGUGAUAGUAGAGGAACUCUAUAAUGUAGUGGAUCUUUUUGUAAUUUGUGAUUUUAACAAUGCGGAGGAUAAUUUUCGACACAAGCUGUCUAAGGGACUAUUACAGCGAGAACAAAAAAAGAUCUUAUAUAUCAACGUAGCGGCAAAGUCUCGCAAACCAUUGAGGAUAGUAUCGAAAUACAUCUGGGAUAAAAUUAAGAGUUUAGUACAGAAUUUAAGAGACGAUGACAUCUAUGUAAUAACGGAACCUGAACAGAUACUGAACUCUAGGGCAUUAAUGUUCCUCAAAGUGUACGACGGUUGGGCUCAGCCUAUUGGAUUUAGAUUAAGAUGGUCGGUAUAUGGCUUCUUUUGGCAGCAUCCACUCAAAACAACGAUAACGCUCGGCGCGUACACUGUCGGCUUGAUGCAUAACGCCUAUCAAUCUAACUCACUUAUAUUGCGACAGCAAUUGGACGGAGACACCAGCGAGAGAGAUAUUUUAGGAUUAGUCAUAGGAGACUUAAAUCACUAUGGCGGAUGGUAUUGCAAUCUGUGCCAAGCGCCUGCAAAUAUUAUUAUCGGUCUUCGCAAUAAGGUUCGGUCUAAGGAGAUUAAUAUUGAAAAGACUAUAGAUGUGCCGUUCGUCGAGGAUCUAAUAGGAAGCGGACUGUGGUUGGAUGGUAAAACCAAUCUUCUGAGAGCUUCUAAAUCUAGAGAUUCCUACUUUGCGCCUGAAACGAUUCUCAAUAAUACAUGGAAGUAUGACUGGUUGGUAGAAAAUUUUUAUGCUAAACUAGAUUAUUAUUGACAUACUGGUCGCACCCGACUGUGAUACUAAUUCAUACUCAAUACUCAAUGUACACUAACGUAAUAUUAUACACUGAAUUUAUAUACAUUAAAAUAUUAUGUUGACAAAAUAUAAAUGUUAAUUGAUUUAUACAUAUAAAACUCUUAUAUGCUUGAAAAUUUUAAAUAUAUGUUUAAAAAUAUUUUUUUCAUAUAUUUAAAUUCGUUAUUGUAAUAUCAAAAAAGAAUAAUUUAUGCA